AUGCCUGAGAACAUCAGAUCAGUGUCUGUUGUGUGGGUGGUGUUGGUCUGUCUGUUGUUCUGCAGCAGACUGACCAGCGUGGGUGCAGCACCGAUCUGUACCAAUGCCCAAGCUGGGUGCCAUGUCCUCUCCCUGGCCAACCUGUUUGACCGGGUCAUCCAACACUCAGCCAGGAUGCACGGCAUUUCAAAUGACCUUCACUCCGAGUUUGAGCAGUACUUCCUGCCCAGUAAGAAUCAAAUUGGCCGGGUCAGUCGCAACUGUCACACCUCCACCAUCCUUACUCCAAAUGGCAAGGAGAAUGCUCAGAGAAUGGCGAGAGAGGAGCUGACUGAGGUGAUUCUGAAGCUCCUGGUGGCUUGGAGGGAUCCUCUUUGGCAUUUCCACCAGAGCAUGACUCACCACCAUGACUUCAACAACUUCAGCUCCAAUAAAGCUCUCGAGAUGAGUGACAUGGUGCAUGAGCUACGCAAAGGCGUAGAGAAAGUGGCUGAGAAGAUGCAGAUGUUGGGGAUAAUAAGUAACUCUGUCAGCAGCCUGGCUUCUCCUGAGGCUUUAUUGCCAUCUGACAGUGCUGAGUGGCGCCAGAUGAAAGACUAUGACCUCCUCUACUGCUUUCGCCGAGACUCAAACAAGGUCCAGAACUAUCUGAAGAUUCUUAAGUGUCGCAUUGUUCCAGAGCAUGGAUGCUAAAGGGAGCCUGUCUUCGAGAAAUAUCAACACGUUGGAAUGGAAAUGGUUCAGAUAGAAACUACAUGGAUAAAGCUGUAGUUUUUGUUGUUUUCUCUAUCUGCAGGGUAUGGGAUUUUAACUGACACACACACACAUGUUCACUCCUACCAUGAAUGAAGUGCUACUGAAACCCAAAGACUCAGUCCACUUUCAUGCCUGAUAUUAUAUAGUGUGGACAAUGUAUUGCCUUGAAAAACAAACAUGAGUUGAGUUUGAACAGGAUGGAAUGAGUGUACUACAUGUUAUAAUAGACUCCUGUUUAAUGUAUAUCAUGUUUAAAUAUAGUAAUACCAUUAAAACAUAAAACAUUUCAAGAAACAUGGAUGCAAUGUUUUUUGUCAUUUCUACAGAUAAGAUAUAUGAUAUUGUGGGAAGAGUAAACUCCAUGUAAACAGUGCUGCUGCAAUACAUGGCACUUUUCAACUGGUCAUAAUCAGAGCAUCAUGACUGAUGAAACAAUCACACAUGAUGCUCUGUUGAUGCCCUGAGGCCCAGCUAUUACAGGGUAGUAUAACAUUUUUUCAAGUCUGUCCUAAUGCAGUACUCACUUGUUCAUGUGUACAUUGAGGGAGUUACACUGAGAGGUGUAGUUGUAGUUCAAUGUAGUUGUAUUACAAAGGAUCACGUCACGGCCAGUAUGGACAGCAGGAACAAUCAAAACCACCAAUUACUCUUUCAGUAUACAUAUGGAGUAGGGUUGGGCCAGCCAUGGCUGACAGUCGUCAACAUCUACCAUUGUAACAUUGUGAUUUACAAAUGUAUAUGUGAAGAUUUUUUAUUUUUUUUAUUGAUCACUCUCCUUUUGCACCUGCCAAGAGUUAUUUUGAAUUCUAGACUUACAGACGAGAUCCUUGAAGUGUGCUUUAGAAAAAAAUCAAGUGCUUCAUGAGCAGAAAUCUAUUUAAAUGGUACAUUUUACUUCAAAUACUUGUGGUGUGUGUGUCCGUAUGUGCAUAUUGCCACUACCUAAGCUGCAGCUACAUGAACACCUCAGUUGAAAAUUAGCUAACCCUUUAGUGUCAAAAUUCUUACUAAUCAGUUUUUACAACAAUCAGUCAUACUCCUCCAGGUCCAAUUAAUAAGAUGACAAAUCAAUGUCUAUUCAUUGCCAAGUGGCAACCUCUGGGGCUAAAAAAUGGAGCCAAUAAGUCCAGAAAGUUCCUUGAAUGGCCACUUGAGGCAGGCUCCAAAAGCCAGUCAAUCCCCAUAGACCCUCAUGUUAAAAUGCCCAACUUUACAGCAGAAAUAAACAUGUUUACAGCCUUGUACAUAAAACACUUUUGGUCUCUAGCUAAUUUCCCCUUUCAUGACAACAGUACGGGGGGGGCUGAAAUUUUAUACAACUCACCCGUUUAAAUUUGUAAAGCUGUAAAGUUAUGCAUAAUUAAGAACAUGGCCACUUUGAGUGACAGGUUGCUUGCCACUAGGUUUCAGCAAACAGGCUUCAUUCGGCCUGCCUCAGCUCCACCUCUGCCCAUUUUGGAUUAGCAGGGAGUUUAGGCACUGCCAAG